GACUUUUCCUUUUUUUUCUCGAAACUAAAAACGGGACACCCAGUCCUCCUUGUGCAUAACCUCAAACUUUUAAUCGUUCGACACAACAGCACUAAUAAGAAUCGUCCGUGUCUCGAGCGACAUACGACUACGUAAAUAAGACUUUUCAAGCACCGAAAAUGAAGCCAUACGAAAUUCCCUAGAUAGACGAGGAAAUCACCAAGGCGUCUCGGCAUGUAAAAUUCUACAUGGUACUUUUCCAUCAGAACGACCGAUAGAAACGAGAGACUAAGAAGAAGAAAAAAAGAAAAAUAUCAAAGAUGCAAUCACAUCUGUAAUGACGACAGACAAUUACUGUCUGACAUUUGCAAAAUGGAAUAUUCUACCGCGCACUAACUAAACCCAUAACACCGUAUACUGUAGAAGUCAUUAUUUUCGAAUUUCCCGAACUUUUCGUCUACCUCGAUCUACCUACGUCUACCAGGAGUUACGUAACAAUUAUGUGACGCGAAUCAAGGGCUGCUGCUACUCAGCUACUGGGUGUCACGAAAAUAAGUGUUCACUCGUUAUUACCGCGGACUUUAAUUACUCGCGCAAAUCAAACAUAAAAAGGAGUCGAUUCGUUCCCGAACGAUAUAAUCGAUGUGAAUGCGCAAUCGUACGUGUACGCUGUACGGUCGUGCCAUGUCGUGACACGCGUCGCGACGCGCAUCGUAAUUAAGGGACGCUCACACUGUAUUGUAUCAAGUCACUAUUAACGAGAAGCUUUGUAUCGUGUCGAUUCAAAUGGAAACAAUACCGGCGUUGCGUGCUGCGUUCAAUAUAUUAUUAGAUAGAAAAAAUGAUUGGUACCAAGUGAAACAGAAUACUUUCUUACCAUCCGAGGACGUAAAGUGGACAUCAAAUUUUAUGGGUAUGCUUGUGGACUCAACUGAAAUGAAGAAAUCAUAUUGUCAGAGAGUGACAGUGCAGCCAUCUUGUGCCCCGAUAUCGCUGACAGCUGACAAACAUUCAUUCGCGAAGACCACGUCGACGUAUGACGUAGUUUACGGGGAUGAUGUUAACACGCUCUGACUUUUAAUGAUCGAAAGUGGUAAGAUUGGAUUAAUAACUCGUGACGGUGUGAAACCACGACGAAAAUAUAUUGGAUCAACCAGAUCAAACUGGAACGAUCUAGUAAGGAUUCCCCG